AUGGGCAUCUAUCAGUUCAUUCGCCAUUCAAUUCGCCAAUCUGAUGAUGAGUUGAUUCUUGCUGAAGAAAAUCAAGCCUAUCUUGAACUCAACUCAGAUGAGCAGGAGUUGUACUUUCAAUCAAGAGAUUACAUCUCGAACAACCCGGCGAUAACAGGGGAACUUUCGUUAUCUCAGAAACUAUCAAUCCAAGAACAGGGAAUCCUGGCGUAUACUUUCAUUAAGGAUGCUAUGCUAACCAACAAUGACUUAAUAAUCAUCAAUAAGACUGAGCUCAAUUUUUUCAAGGCGUUUGAAUGUAACGCUGUCACAAACUUACCGAUUGCGAUGCUGAACGAAGUUUAUUACUUUGAAGCAAAGAUCUACCUGAAGCCUGAAACAAGUACCAUGAUAAGUGUUGGCUUAUCAACAAAACCUUAUCCAUGGUUUCGCCUUCCUGGGCGACACCCAGACCUGGUGGUGUAUGAUCUGGAUGGUCACCGACGUCAUAACCAACCAUUCCCUUUCACCAAUGAAGCCCCGUUUCCCGUACUUAUUGAAGGUGACGUAGUGGGUAUCGGUUACAGAGUUCGUCUGGGUACUGUGUUUUUCACCCGAAAUGGAAAGAAGGUGAAAGAGCAAAAACUAGGUGGACACAUUCGCAAUUUCAAACCUGGCAACCAAGCCCAGCUCUUCCCCAUAAUUGGUGCCAAUAACAUGUGCUCAGUACACGUUAAUCUAGGCCAAAUGGGAUUUGUCUUUAUCGAAGCUAAUGUGAAGAAGUGGGGCUACGCUCCGUUGGAGGGUAAUGGCCCGGCGCCACCCGCCUACAAUAAGUUCAACACAGAUAUAUUGUUGGACCGUCUGGAGAUUGAUGAGGAUGAAUUAUCAGAGCGCGGGGAUGACUUCCCACCUGACUUUUGGCAAACUGUUGGUGAUGAUGAGGAUAAAUUCAGCUACAAUGCCUACGCAGAAGAGAACAACGGUGACAGAAUUACAUUGUCCUCGUUGAUCCCUAAUGAACCACCAACAUAUGAGGGUACUACCAGCAUUGAACAUGAGGAUGCUGACCAAGGGGAAACAGGAGAUGAGUCGACUACACCAGGAGAUGAUACAAACAUCCCAUCCCUCGAAGAUGGGGAAGAUGCACGGUUGGAAGUCAACGAAGAUUUGACUCGGGGAGAACUGCAUGAAGGCACUUCUACUCUGAACGACGCAAUCCAGAACGACAGGGAUGAUGACUCAAAAGCUGAUUCAGAAGACCAUGGACCCUGA